GUGCAAGAUGAAAAAAUGCUCCAGCUGCAGCCUAGAACCCAAAACAGCAAAGUGUGCCAAGUGCGAGGGGGACAGCUUCCCCUUUGCCAGCACAGGCAGAGAAGCAGAGGACGGGCUCAGGGAGCCGGAGUCGGAGAAGGUGCGGUCCUCCACACUGUGUGUGCCCUGGACUAGCGCCGGGCCCUGGUCCUGCAGCUCUUCCAGGACCACGGCUUCGUCCCGUUCCCCAGGCCACAGCCUCCCUCCAGGCCUGCUAUGUACCCAUCUUCCCCUCCAAGGUUUGUGUGCUGAACAUCCUGCCCACGCUAUCCCAGCAGCUUCAGGCGGUACUUGCCUCAGCACCAGACCCUGGGACCCAGGCAGCGGCUCCUGGUGGCCCUGCACCCAUCACCAGCAUCCGUUUCACCUGCAGUUGAAGAUCGGUGAGGUGUCCAGAAGAUCAUGCAGCGGCCACUCCCACGGAGCAGCCCCCGGGGCUGAGGCUUCUCCCCCUAGACCGCCACCCACUGGCACCACUGCUGCCUCUGCCCUGACUCCCAGCCCUGAGGGGGACCUGACCCCACCUCAAUGGGCUCAGACUCUGGCUCUGCCCACCACUCCUUCUGCCCCAGACAGCCUGGACAGCCUGGCUGAAAGGGGACUCCCCAAGCCCUGCCCCCUACCCCUGGGUCCCUCACACAGCUACCACAGGCAGGUGGGGGACCCCGGAGAAGAUCCCAGGACUCACAGUAGCCCCUGAGAACACGGACAGUA